UUGGCAUGUGCUGUCCGUUGUGUCAAAACAACACUGUUCCCGCUUUGUUUACAAUGGUGCCGAUGCAAUAGUUAGGAGGUGGGAAACACAUUUCGGGCAAUUGCUCUUCGUGCAUUCGUUGAAAAGUCUAAUCUCCGUGACCGUCAGCAAUGGUGAAUGUUAUGAAAGGCGUGCUAGUAGAGUGUGAUCCUGCUAUGAAACAGUUCCUACUCCAUCUGGACGAAACGCAAUCACUGGGGAAAAAGUUCAUCAUUCAAGAUCUGGACGAGAAGCAUCUUUUCAUUUCGGUCGAAAUCGUGGAAGUACUGCAGGCGCGCGUUGAUGAUUUGAUGGAUCGCAUCAGUUUUCCACUGCACGAGAAGGACGCAUAAACAGCUCUUCCCCAUUCAUUUGUAACUCGCUCAAAAGACCUUUAGCACCUUAAAAAUGGCAGGACGCGAAUCGGGCCGCAUCCGGGAGGCGGAGAAAAAACGCACCCUUGACGAUGCAGCACGGCAAAGGCGCGCACGAAAAGCGCUCGAAGCACUGGAGCAGGACAACUUUCACGAAGAUCCACACGCGGACCUGGUUAUGUCGAAAAAAGUGCCCAAAUUUAGUGACAAUCUGGAUGGUACCGGGCCCAGCAGGAAGAAGAAUCGCCGCACGAAAGGAGCCGAGUAUUACCGGGCAAAGUAUCGAAAAACGUUCCCUCAGUUGUUGGACGAAGAGAAACAGCAACGGCCAGAUCCGCCGAAUUAUUUUAGCGCAGCUGCACCACCUUCCCGAUUGCCGGAGCGGCACUUUUGUGCUGUUUGUGGAUUCCCGUCCAGCUACACGUGUACCGCGUGUGGUACAAGGUAUUGCUGUGUACGCUGUUUGGGUACGCAUCAGGACACCCGUUGCUUGAAGUGGACCGCUUAGAGUGCGAGAGCUGAAGAUAUUUUUCAGACAGGUAUAAUAAAAAAACAAUUACCCUUCACUCAUUUCUUUCGCUAA